AUGACAGGAACAAAGCAAAGGACAAUAAGAACCCAAAAAUUGUUAAACCGAGUAAUAUCAGAACAUUUUCGGGCUGAAAUAGUCUGCACGAAGGAAAUAGAUCUAGAAAAAGGUUGGCACCGACAAUAUGACUUCAAACAGAAAUUACCAUAUCUAAGCCAAAAAAACCAAAAAGCAGGAAGAACAACCGAUUUUACACAGUUUAGUUUAUUGUGUGCCGGCAAAAAACCUGAAUUCUUUUCAAGCGAGUUGCAAACUCGCGUAAUUUGGGCAUUAAGAUGCAUUUUUAAAGGCACGGUUUAUACGUACAACAGCAUUUCUUUGACUAGUAUUUUGCAUUUCAUUUAUAUUUAUAGACAUGAGACCAUCACAAUAGCACAAAUUUUGUCCUCAUUUUUUCCUAUCAUUACUGCUAUCAUUAUUUGUGAUUUCAUUCACUUUCUAAUUUCAACGGUAUUUACACCACCUUUCGCAUCACGAACACCAGUUGCAUUUGAGAAGACGCAUUUUAUGCGCCAAAAUGAUCUCAUACUUCGUCAGUUUUUGCUAUUGAUCAUGUCAGCCUCUGAAUUACUGCCAAUGAUAGUAAUGCAAAUGCCAUCCAUUCAGCACCGUCGCAAAUAUCUUACUUCAUUUCGAAUUUUACUCCCAAAUGCUGGCAAAAGGAAGUAUCGCUAUAUUUUUAUUGUCGGUGCUAUGAUCUUCAAAAUCAAGCCAGCCUUUUGUCUUAACUGA